AUGCCAUCAGAACAUCCUUCACCAGCCAGCAAACCCACAGUAAUAAUCGUAGGGGCUGGUAUCGCCGGACUCACAUUAGGCAUCCUUCUUGAGAAGGCUGGUGUCCCAUACGAGAUCUAUGACCGCAUAACUGAAGUCAAGCCCUUUGCGAAUGUAACACCAUUGUUCAAACAGAUUGGUAUUUACGACGAGUUUGUCAGCCUUGGAAAGCCCUGCUAUUCAAUCGAUCAAUAUAAUGAGAACCGCAAAUUAGAAUUUUCGAUGGAUUUCAAGAAAGCUACCAAGAUGGGAGGUUUCCCCGGUUAUAUCGUCUCCCGUUCAGCCUUUCAUGACUUGCUAUUCCGACAGAUCCCGCCUAACAAAAUCUUCCUAGGAAAGCGAGUCCUAUCCAUAAAGCAGAAUCUGCAGAAUGGUGUCCAAAUCCAGUUCUCAGAUAGGACAGUUGCAGAAGGUGAUAUCCUUGUUGGUGCUGACGGUGCUUAUAGUACGGUUCGGCAGAGCCUCUAUGAAUCACUAAAGAAAGAAGGUCGGCUACCAUCUUCAGAUGACGGAGCUUUACCAUUCACCUCUGUUUGUCUUGUCGGACAGACUAAACCAAUGGAUCCUGAAAGAUAUCCAGAGCUAUCCAAUCCUAUCUGUUAUUAUAGGUCGGUUACUGGAGAUAAUAAACCAUACUCUUACCUGGACAGUGAAAGCUCCAAGAGUCAUGAUAGUUUCCGAAACUCGGAAUGGGGCCCUGAAGCUGCAAAUGCAAUGUGUAAAGAAGUUCGAGGCUUCCCAUUCCCUGGCGGAAAGGACAAUGAUAUGACCAUUGGAGAUCUCAUCGACAACACACCGCUGAUUUCCAAGGUCAUGCUUGAGGAGAAAGUGUUUGAUACAUGGUAUUCGGGAAGGACGGUCUUGAUUGGGGAUGCUUGCCACAAGGCUCACCCAGCUAGCGGUUCUGGUGCUAUGAAUGCAAUGCAGGAUGCGUUGGCGCUGGCAAACUGGAUUAGUGUAUUAGAUUCAAAAGAAAGCAAGGAGAUGAGCCAAAUCUUCAAAGAGUAUAAAGCAGAGCGCUACCCAAUUGCUAAGGCUAGUUUUGCACAGGGACGGACGCUAUCCAGGGUGACUGAGAAGGGUCCGAAGGCUAGGAUUACUCGCUAUGCCACUAAAAAGAUGCCGACCUGGCUCUGGGACAUUUUAAUUAAGCGUAUGCUGGAGUCACGUCCUCAAGUGUCGUUCUUGCCUCUGAUAGAGGAUAAAGGGACUGUGCCACCAAAGUACCAGCCUAGCCUUCAUAAAACAUUGGCGAUAAGGAAGGCUAGAGAAGCUGUGGAAGCAAGGCUAGCAACCGUGACAACGUUUGUUUGA